AAAAAUGGCACUGCACACAGAGAUUCAGACUGCAGUGUCUCCCUGAAUGGCUGGGCAGGUUCCUGUGCAUACCAGCAGCAAUAUCAUGGAGGAGCCUUCUUCCCCAAAGCCAACUGUUGCCCUAAAGAGGCCAAACCAGCGCUAGUAGCUGCCGGGACGUGGGCGAACAGGAACGCAAUCGUGACCACCACCACGUAACUGACCCUAAGGAUGCUGAUAUAAGAGUUCAAGGUUCCAUCUUUUGUUGCCUAUUGACCAAACCACCUAGAGAUGUCAUCCCAGCUGGAAGGAGCCAUGGACACACUGAUCUCUGUCUUCCACACGUACUCAGCUCGGGAGGGAGAUAAGCACAAGCUGAGCAGGAGAGAGCUGAGAGAUCUACUGCAGAACGAGCUGGGGGAGUAUCUGGAGACCCAGAAAGAUGCUUCGUCUGUGGACAAGAUCAUGAAGGAACUGGAUGAGAAUGGGGACGGAGAGGUGGACUUCCAGGAGUUUGUCAUCCUGGUGGCCUCUUUGACGGUGGCUUGCAACAACUUGUUCUGUGAGAGCAGCUGAGUGUCCGGUGUCACUGAUAACCACCUGUGGUGUCACCCAGGGCCACACUUGUGUCUGAAUAAACAGAGAAUUAAACACUAAA